AGUUUAUUCUCACGCACAGGACGAUAUCAAAUCUCUCCAAACCUUCGCCUUAGCUUUCAUCUUUCUCAAUGACUGCAACAUCAACACUGAUACCUACUUGGCUUUCCAGAGCAUUGGCAAACGAUUCCCGCUUUAUCUCCGAAACUGUUUGCAUCACAUUGUCUGAACGAGAAUAUGCUCGCGAUCAUUUACGGACCCAAUCUCUCGUGGCAGAACCACAUUCUACGUCGCUUCUUGCGCGUGGGCAGCAGGCAUUGAAUUCUGCACUGGGAAAGACCGAUCCAGUCGCACACUACUCCAUCAUGACUGCCCAUCAUCCAGACAAUGUAGUCGCUAAUCGGUAUUCCAAUAUUCAACCAUAUGAUCGGACGCGGGUUGUUGUGGGCGAUCUCAAGGGCAGUCGCUGCAGCGUCGGAGCCGAGGGUAGCAAGGGAAGAUAUUUUAAUGCAAGCUGGGUGCGGGAGCUGUAUGGCGGAAAGUUAUGGAUUGCUACCCAAGCACCCCUUCCGCGCACGGCACAUGUGUUCCUCAGUGCCAUCAUGCAACCAAUUUCUACACCUCCAGCAUCUCUCAAUUCUCCUCAUGUGCACUCUCCUAGUCGUAUUCGUACCAUCGUUCAGCUCACACAAAAUACGGAGAGAGGACGACAGAAAGCUCAUAUCUAUUUCCCUUCCACCCCUGGACAAUCAAUGCUGUCGAACCCAGAUCCAACAAGCGAUGCACCUGUACUGAAGGUGACGCUACUAGAGAGAAAGCGAAUAAACGAAGCCUGCUGCGUGUACAGCAAAGUCUCCAUCAUUCCAGUCACCUCGACAAAUCCGCAAGAUGCUGUGGUAUUCACCCAUAUGCUGUAUGCUGCAUGGCCGGACCAUGGAGUUCCUGAGGAUGAAGACCGAGCUAGCCUUCUCGCCUUUGUUCGUCUGGUGGAUUGCGUUAACACGGAUACCUCUUCAUUCCCAUCAUCUCCGGAACCAGACCCAGAUCCUCCUAUCAUGGUCAACUGCUCCGCUGGCAUAGGGCGAACCGGAUCAUUCAUUGCGAUGUCGUCACUAUUACGCGCAUACCACCUUUUGAGUGCUAGUAGCCCGCGCCCGAACACCUCGACACCUCCCCCACAGCCUCUGUGCUCUUUGCCUGUUCCUCCGCUGGGUAUCCUACCAAAGGAGCUUCAGGAAGACCUGGUAGCACAGGAGAUUGACAGUUUACGAGAGCAAAGACCUGGGAUGGUCCAGAGGGAUGAACAAAUUCAUCUCAUAUAUGACAUCUUGAACCAGGCUUUUGAAGGGAGUCUAAGAGUUACUGUUUGAUCAUCCAUUCAUUCAGUAUAACCUUCGAUCGAUCGUUUACUCGAUGGCACCAGUGAUAUCGGUUACGCUUAUUAGUCUACUGCAAACCCGUAAAUGUAUUUGCCGCCGGAUGUCGAAUCCAGCCUCAAAUCUAUACCCACGGAGUCAAUAGUUUAUAUGUUUUCUCUUGUAACAACGUUAUUCGAACUUUCAUUCGGUUUGU